UUUCCCCUGAAGAACAUCCAUCCAUCUUCAAUUACAGUAAAUCAAGUUUUUGAGGGAUUAAUUUGAAGCAUUAGCAUGGCAGAUAACAAGGAAGGGGGCACCGUGAAGAAAGGUCACGACGAAGGAAUGAAAAUGGCGGUCGAUCUUUUGCAAGAGAUGGAGCUGCCCGAGGGGCUUCUUCCGCUGGCCAACGUCGUGGAAGUGGGGUUCGUGAAAGAGACCGGGUACAUGUGGAUCGUGCAGCAGAAGAAAGUGGAGCACGAGUUCAAGAUGAUCAGCAAGCUGGUGAGUUACGACACCGAGAUCAACGGGUUCGUGGAGAAGAAACGGAUCAAGAAGCUCAAGGGAGUGAAGGCCAAGGAGAUGAUGCUGUGGCCGCCAGUAAACGAGAUCACGGUGGAUGAGAAACAACCCGGGAGGAUCCAUUUCAAGAGCCUUGCCGGGAUUACCAAGACUUUUCCCGUUCAGGCUUUUGCUGCGGGGCAGUAAGAUGAGAUGUGAUGAAACGGUCAAAUUUGUC